CACGUCUUAGACGCGACUUUGUGGGGCGCAUACGCAGCGUAAUCGCCAUAAGAUAGCCUGCAGGCUCGCGUCUGUGGUCCAUCGUUCACUGAGCGACCGCUGCCACCGCUGGCAUCACGUGUAGGGGGCGGUAGUGAUAUCUGCACAACAAGGCACCAUUUGCUCGAACCCUCAGCCGAGCAGCGAGCUGCACUAGAAGGGCCCAAUAUGGACGAAGACCUCACAGCCGAGCAGCAGGCGCACCAGGAGCGCCUGCGCCAGAGUCUCUUAGCCGAGACGAAGACAAAAAUCGCCCUGCGGAAGGAGAUCGAUGAACUCAAGAAACGCGCGGACGGAAUUUACGCCGUGGGCGCCCGCGUCGAGACGCGCGAGGAGACGAGCGAAGAGUGGGGCCGAUGGAGCGAGCCGUCGUCGGUCGGCGAGGUCGUGCUCAUCCGGCGGGCUCCCGAGAGGGCCCCUAUCCAGCCUGCGACGUACGACGUGCGCUACGGCGACGGCCGCGUGGCGGAGGCGGUGCCGCUCGAGCGCGUCCGGAGGUACCCCGGGACCCCAGCGUUCGCGCCGAACGGGAAGGCGUACUGCUCGCCGCUGGAGAGCCCUCAUAAUUUGAUCAUCCAGGCGUCGAACGUUGGGGACGCCGCCACGGUCGCAAAAUGCCUCGACGCCGGCGUGAAAAUCGAACACGCGAUGAACGGCUGCUUCGAGAGCAUACUGUUCAUCGCGAGCGGUCGCGGGCACACGGACCUCGUAAAAAUGCUCGUCGAGCGCGGCGCGGCCGUGGACGAGCCGCAUCAAGGUAGCGCCCAGGGGAAGAGAAACUGGACCCCACUGCAUCACGCCUUGUUUUUUGGGUAUCACGCGGCGGCGCAGGUGUUGAUCGAGCACGGUGCGAGCGUUCACGCGAUGCUCAUGAUCACGGUCCAUGCUCCGGGCGGCGACCAUCGGCUGCAUGUCUCUGAACGCGAUUGCCAUCUCCCCAUCAUGUCUCCGCUCUUUUUCGCGUGUCGCGCCGCCGCGGACGAGGACAUCGAAGACUACGACGUCGAAUAUCCGUAUAUCGAGUUCUUUGUGGAGGACUCUGACGACGAAUCCGCCGUCGACGAGGCCUGCGACGGCGCGGCCUGUGUCCGCUUGCUCCUGGAACACGUCGACGUCGAUGCAAAGGUGGGGGACUUUGGCUGACCGCAGCUCCACGUCGCAUGCUUAGCCGGUCGGGUGGGCGUCGCCAAGGUGCUCCUCGCCCACGGCGCCGACCCGUUCUGCGCGGACUCCACGGGUAUGACUCCGCUCGACGCCGCGCGCGGGCUGCGCACGGACCGUAGCGCUUGGUUGGACUGGUUCGACAUCGACAAGUACAAGCGGGGGCCAGACGGAAUGCCCCUCCCCGGCCAGGCCCGCCGCGAGAAAGCAGCGCUGAAUUUGAUGUUCGACCGCCACCUCACCGCGCGCUGGAAGCAAACGGUCGAUCUCACGUUUGCGCGCCUGCCGAACCACGCGACCGGCGACGAGUACCUCGCGCGCCACCUCGGGUCUUUCCUGACCGGCGAGAUCCUACCGCGCAAGGAAGAGGAUGUGCCAGAUGCCGGCGACGCGUCCUCCGUCGCGAGCGACGCCUCGAGCAUGUGGGCUGAGGAGGACUCGGACUCCUCUUCGUAGCGAAUGAAUGUAUCAUGUACGUAAGUAUUACAG